AUGGAAAACUAUAAUGAUAAUUCAAAAAUUCAAAAUAUACUAAUUUUUAGAUUUAUUGAUAAAAUUAAUUCAUUAAUAGAAAAACCAAUCAAUAAUUUUAAAAACUCCCCUAACAAAAAAACUUUUAAAAUCUUGGAUAUUGGUUCAUCCCAUGGGAAAAAUUCAGUAUUAUUUUUGGAUUCUAUUUUAACAAAUGCUCAAAUUAAAAAUAAAGAUGCAAUAGAGAUUUAUCAUUGUGAUCAAGAGAUAAAUAAUUUUACUGAAUUAUUUUUUGAAGUUAAUAAGAAUGAAAAUUCAUACAAGAAUAAAUGGGAUAUAUUUUCCUUUGCUAUUGGUAAUUCAUUUUUGAAUCAAUUAAUGCCAAGUGGAUCAUGUGAUUUUAUAUUUUCAUUUAAUACUUUUCAUUGGUGUAAUAGUAAAGAUGGAAUGUUUGAAUGUAAAGAUGGAAUGUUAAAUAUCAAAGAUUCUUCACGUAGACCUGGUACUGUUGAAUAUAAUAAAAAACGUUUAUCAUCAAUUUUUACAAAUCGUUGUGAGGAGUUAAAAGAUAAUGGUGUUUUUGUUUGCAACUUUUUAUAUUAUGACCCAGAAAAUGAAAUUACAAGUAUAGGUGAACAAACUUUUAAAAAUGUUAAAAGUGUUAUUAGACAAAUGGCCAAUGAAAAUAUACUAUCUCAUGAAGAGGUAGAUAAUAUGGUUUUACCAGUAACAUACUAUAAGCAAGAUGAAAUUGAUCAUGCUGUAGAGCUUGUAGAAUCCAAAGGAAUGAAAUUACUUGAUACUCAAAUCAUUCACCAAGCCUGGAAUAAAGAUGAAGUAAGUAAAGAAACUUUUAUUGGAAGCAUAAUGGCAUUUAGUUCAUAUUCAAUUAAAAGUGCAAUCAAAGGUGAUAGUGAAAAAGUAAAUUCCACAUAUAAAGAAAUUUAUAAAAGACUAACUAAAGAAUAUAAAGAAAAACCAGAAUUAUUUGUUUUCUCAUUAACUUUUAUCCAUUUAAUUUUUAGAAAAUAA